GCCCCCAUCCCUUCCCCUCCCCACCUUCCCUUCCGACCGCUCGCUGGUCGCCAUCGGAAUUCCCCGCAGGGCCACACGCCGCUCGACAUCGAAGAUCGGGUUCUUUAGAAGCCUCCUCACCCCGUGCCACGCACCGCUCGCCAUCGGAACGCCCCGCGAGGCCGAGCAUCGGAAGUUCGGAACCACCCCGGCCGCGCACCGCUCGCCAUCGGAACCCCCCGCGAGGCCGAGCAUCGGAAGUUCGGAACCCCCAGCGAGGCCGAGCUCUGCUCACCAUCGGAAGUUUGGAACCACCCCGGCCGCACGCCGCUCGCCAUCGGCACCCCCCGCGUGGCCGCGCACCACUCGCAAUCUGCUUCCGAGUUUCACUGUUCUGCUGCCGCACGCCCACUUCAUCUGGCUCUCUCUCCCAUGAGGUGAAAAUGCCCUCGGUUCCCAAUAAUGUUUCCACCCAAAAUCAGCAGAGUGGCGGGGGAAGGAAAGCUCAUGACGAUCGCCGAAAUCAACAAUCGUCAGCUUGGAGGCAGUGGAUUCUACACCAGAGGAGGUCCUUACCAAUCGCUUCAGUCGAGAAGCGGAUUGUGGAGGAAGUGAAGAAGAACGACACUUUAAUUGUUGUUGGAGAAACCGGAAGUGGGAAGACGACGCAAUUGCCACAGUUUUUGUACAGUGCUGGAUUUUGUCAUGAUGGGAGAGUUAUUGGCAUCACACAGCCUCGUCGAGUUGCUGCUGUUACUGUUGCAAAGCGUGUGGCUGAAGAAUGCAAUGUUGAGUUGGGCCAGAGAGUUGGGUAUUCAAUUAGAUUUGAGGAUGUAACAUCCAGCAGUACAAGGAUUAAGUACAUGACAGAUGGUUUGCUUCUGAGAGAAGCACUGCUGGACCCAUAUUUGUCUAGAUACAGCAUCAUAAUUGUGGAUGAAGCUCAUGAAAGAACAGUCCACACAGAUGUCUUGUUAGGCUUAUUGAAAAAUGUACAACUAGCUAGGUCAAAUUCUAUUGUUAAGCAACAUAAUUGUGGAGAUGUGGACAACGACGGACAAGAUCACAACCAAACCUCCACUUUGAGGGCGUGUCAGGCUUUGAAGUAUACUCCUUUAAAAUUGAUUAUAAUGUCUGCCAGUUUGGAUGCUAGAGGUUUUUCAGAGUACUUUGGUGGUGCUAAAGCAGUUUACGUUCAAGGGCGACAAUACCCUGUAGAGAUUCUAUAUACAUAUCAACCAGAAAAAGAUUAUCCAGAUGCCACACUGAUUACUAUCUUUCAGAUCCACAUAGAGGAGGGGCCUGGAGAUAUUCUUGCAUUUCUAACUGGCCAAGAGGAGAUUGAAUCAAUGGAUAGACUUAUUCACGAGCGAGUUCGUCAACUCCCUGAAGGCAGUAAUAAAUUAAUCACUGUUCCUAUCUAUUCCUCUCUUCCUUCUGAGCAGCAAAUGAAUGUUUUCAAGCCUGCCCCAUCUGGCUUUCGCAAGGUUAUUCUUGCAACAAAUAUUGCUGAGACUUCUGUAACAAUACCUGGUAUAAAGUAUGUCAUUGAUCCUGGAUGGGUGAAAGUACGUUCUUACAACCCAGUGACAGGAAUGGAGUCAUUAACCAUCAGUGAAAUCUCAAAAGCACAGGCUCUUCAGAGGAGUGGUCGUGCUGGUCGGGAGGGCCCAGGGAAAUGUUUUCGGUUGUAUACAGAAAGUGCUUUUAGUGAACUGAAGGAUUCUACAGUUCCAGAGAUCAAAAGGUGCAACCUUGUGAAUGUUGUACUACAGCUCAAAGCCCUUGGGAUUGAUGAUAUAUUAGGGUUUGAUUUCAUGGAAAAGCCUUCAAGGACAGCUAUAGUGAAAUCUCUGGAGCAGUUGCUCCUACAAGGGGCUCUGACGGAUGAGUGCAAGCUGUCGGAUCCAGUUGGCGAUCAAAUGGCCAGGCUUCCUUUGGACCCUAUGUACUCUAAGGCACUCAUUGUGGCCAGUGAGUUCAAGUGCUUGGAAGAAAUGUUGAUAGCGGUUUCGAUGCUUUCUGUGGAAUCUAUUUUCUACUCUCCUUGUGAUAAGAUGGAAGAGGCAAAUGCUGCGAAGAAGAGAUUUUCAAGCCCCGAAGGGGACCAUAUUGCUUUGGUGAAUGUAUAUCGGGCAUCUGCGGAAUGCUUGGAGAAAAGCAAAAAUGCAAAGAUGAAAGAGAAAGCGGUGGAAAAGGCUCUAAACAAAUGGUGCAGGGAGAACUUCAUCAAUUACCGUGCUCUAAGGCAUGCUCGAGAUGUUCACAGUCAAAUCAAAGGGCAUGUAGAGCAAAUGGGCCUUGUUCUGUCAUCAUGUGGGGACGACAUGCUUCACUUCCGCAGAUGCCUUACUGCCUCUUUCUUCCUCAAUGCAGCAAGGAGAGAACCAGAUAGAUCAUACAGGACUACGGCUAGUGGUCAGAGCGUGCAUAUCCAUCCUUCUUCGGUAUUAUCUGAAAUAAAGCCAAAGCCGGAUUGCAUCAUCUUCAACGAAUUGGUUUACACAACUCAAAAUUAUGUCAGAAAUGUGACGAGGAUAGAUCCAUUGUGGUUGCCCGAACUAGCUCCUCAGUACUACGCUGCUGAAAGUUAAUCUUAUUAUGUUGUAUUUAUUUCCAUUGCCUCAAUACGACUUGGCAGCAUAGAUGUUUCUUCUUUCCUUGUAUGAUAUAACAUUUUUGUAUCAUUAUUGAGUAAUUAUUUAAUGCAUCAUUGGCCUCUUUCGUUAUUAAA